ACAGAGCAGGGUUUCAUUGUUUGUGCCACUUCCGAUCAGAGGAAGGUGGAGGCCUGAGGAAGAGGAAGCUGCGCUUCCUCACUGAUGCGGCUGUGCACGCCCAUUCAACCAAACAUCAGAGUCAGAACAAGGAAGUUAUACACCUGUUGCUGCUGCCUUUUUAUAUACUGUUCCUUUCAACCCCUUCUGCGACAUCGAUAAUUAGUCCUCCAUCAUGGCACAAGCUGAGGAGGACGGAGCGCCCAGUGAGGAGCAGAAGCUCAACUCUUCUCCGGGCGGCCUGCAGGACUCCGAGCCUGCUGCCCCCUCAGAGGGCGCGGAGGAGCGGGCAGUGGAGGUCGGAGCGGCCCGCCCCCAGCACAGUGACAUCUCUGCGCUGUCACCUCUGGACCAGUUUAAGAUCAGAAAGUUCUUCGUGUUGAGGCCUGGCACUCUGAAUCAGGCCAUCAAAGACGUUGAAGCUCUGGUGGAUGAAGAGGUAGAUGGCAGCAUUCGCAGCAUUUGGCUGAUGGCAGAGGUGGAUCACUGGAACAAUGAAAAAGAGCGUGUUGUUCUCAUCACAGACAACUCUCUCCUGGUCUUCAAGUACGACUUUGUGAUGUUCAACUGUGAUCAAAUCCAGAGGAUCCCACUGAACUUUGUGGACCGCCUCUCCUGUGGCGAAUUCAUCUUCCCAAAGCGCUCCCUGCUUCAGAGAGGGGGGGAGGGGAUACGCGUCUUCUGGGACCGGCUGAGAGAGCCCUCCUUUAUCUCCAGGUGGAACCCCUUCGCCACUGACUUCCCCUUCAUCACCUUCACCUCCCACCCCGUGAGGACCGUCAGUGACACGUUCUCUGCUCUCUGCGACAUCCAGAACUUUUGUGAGCAGCUCAAGGAUGCAGCGCAGAAAGCCCACAUUACGAAGCCAGUUCCUGGGAAGGCCAACGGCGUCCUGGUCCUGAAUCAGCAGAUCGUCAUCGAGGCCUACGUGGGCCUCACAUCUUUCCUCGCGAACCAGAACAAACUGGGAUACUGCGUGGCUCGAGGAAACCUUGGCUUCUAACUCUUUCUAACUCUUCUGCAUUUAUAGAAUACUUUUGUUUUCGACAUGUUCUUUGUUCACAUCCAGGUUUGCUUUAGUGUCGCGUUGAAGCCUCGAUUCUCAGGAUGUUCUGUAUGAGGUUUGAACAACUGUGUGCUCUCCCCCACUGUUUAUUACCAGUGUGCGGUGUCGGAGGACUCCGAAAUAUCCACGUUUUCACAACACUCUUCACCAGAUGACGGAUCCCCCGCUGCUCUCAGGGAGCUUUGUUUUUGCUCCUCAGUGAUAUGGUAAUUUAACUAUUUCGCAAUGGGACUCCUUUCUUCCUCCUUGUCUCUGUUAAAAGCUCCUUCUCUUGCCAUUCAGCCCCUUAGAGAUUCACUGGAGCAUGGGGGGGCACAUUUGUUAGUUUAGUUUUAUCAUUCGUAGUGUAUUUUUACAGUGAAUUUCCCCUUGACUUGUGUGUUUACUGCGUGUCGUUCUGCCUAGUUUGGCAUCACCUGGUUGUCUUGUGAGCGUGUCUUACACAAGAACAUAUAGGAUUGUGUAUUUUGUUAUCUUUUCUAUUGUGAUAUAAAAUAUGCAGAUUUUCCAUG